AUUCAAAGUUGGUACUACAAAAUCUUUUAACUACAUAUCAGCAAUAUAAAUAAAAAUGAAUUACCGAAAUGAACGCACGUGCUUAACUUUCAAACGAUUAAAAACCAAAUUAGAUAAUUAUUAGAAGUAGGUAUAGUAAGUAAAAGAAGUCUUUCAGAAAUUAUGAAAAUAUUCACAAAAAAAUGUCGGUACGAAGUUUGCCAAGUCACCUAGUCAUAAAUAAAAACGUACGUCACCCAGCACUGCUAAGCAAUAGGACCAAGGAUCAACACACCGUUUGGUGUUGCUUGCGUUGCUCCGCAUCUGUGGAGUUAUUUUUCUUUAUAUUUAGCAUAUUUGUCUUUCUUUUAUACAGAGACUGGCUUUGAAAUGAGAGUGGCACUUUGUUUACUUCCUAUUACGAUAACCUGUCAAGUACAUGUAUAUGUUUUAUAUAUUUUUUGUGAAUGUUAUAUAUAAUUUCAAAUGAAAUUUGGCACCUGUAAGUCGUAGUCAUGGAAAGAUUUGAUUUUACUUUUUAUUAAACUUAUGGGAACUGAAUUCCAAAUAGGUACUUAAAAGUUGAAUAAUACAAGUUAUUCUAAUUAUUAUAAUUAUCAAUCACGAGAAUUUGAUUCCUCAUCGUUUUGGCUAGAGUUGGGAUGGAUUCGUGAGUACAGGCAGUAAUUGCAGCGCGCGGAUUGCAGGCGAUUGCCCCUCGCCCCGCCACACCACCCUGCGCUCGAACACCGUAAGUAAACAGUCUGGUGUUUAUCCGCGUCUCGCUCGCACCGACCGCGUCGCGUCGCGCCUCUGAGGUGCACUCGGUGUUCCUAUUAUUUUCCUGACGGGUAUUGCGCCGAAGCCGAUUCCCGCAUCCUCGCCCCCGAGACGCGAGGUCCGGUCUCGCGGCGGAGGCGGCCGCGACCGCCGUUCGCAUCGCGCGCCAGUCCUCGCCCGAGGCAGAUUGUCGCAUCGGUUCCCGCCUACAUGAAACUUUCGGCCGGUCUGUAGAAAUGUGGCACGUUCACGCAGAAAACGUAACAAGUGCGAGCCGCGGCGGGUGACGAGAUCUGUUUACAUCUUUCGGUCGGUAGAUAUAGUGACGUGUCGGUGGUGGCAGUGCUAGGAUUGUGUAUUAUAGCUCAUGAUACACGUCAAUGUGGAUGGAGUGUGGAGUGGUGUCGGAAGAUGCAUUUCAAGGAGUCGUUCGCUAUGAGCGAUCGUCAGAGCGAGCGAGGCCGCCGCAACUCACGUUGCAAAGGUGCUGGCGUCAAGAUGGAGCACUUCCAGGCGGCGCUGGACCCUCGCAAACAAGAGCUGCUGGAAGCGCGCUUCUUAGGCGCCAAGGUAUUUGUUCCUUAAUAUAUCUAACACGUUAGAUCUUUGAGAUGGCACAGUAAAGGUUCAAGUGUCUACCACGGUGGUCGUUACAAAAUCAUGAAUGUAUCAUCAUCAGUCCAUUAAUCGCCCGCUGCAAGAACACAUAUAGGCCUUCCUUAUGGAUGUAAUAGGGAGAAUGGUCCAUGACCCACCACGCGAGCCCAGUGUGGAUUGGUGGGUUCUAUUACGACUGCAGAUUCAGCCGGGACCAACGGCUUCUCUUCCUUCCGAAGCACGAAGGAGUUCGAGAGAGUUAUUGUUUCUUUUUCCCCAUCCUUUGACCGGCCGUAUGCAACUGGGACCAACAAAUUCCCUUCCGAAGCACGGUGGAGUUCGAGAUAAUAAAUUGGUUCUUUUCCCGUCCUUUGACGGAAGUUUCUUGAAUGGUAACUUAAAUAAUGACAAGGUAUACAGGUAUUUUUUUAUUACUGUCGUUAUUGUAACAUAGUUUGAACAGUGCGACACCGUUAUAAUAUAGCUCAAUCUCAUACAUGAUAGUGUUUGACAUACUUUUAAGCAAAUUAAAAUGUUCAGAAUUGUCUAUAUACUUUUUUUUGACAAUAUAACUGACGGAAUAAAUAUAAUAUAUUUUUGUUUUCCGCGUCAUCAUCCCUAUUUAUUUAGUUUGUGUUCAUUUGUUUCGUCUUGAAAAGAACUCUGGUCCUAGGUGACGAUCCAGGAUCUGUAAAUGUAGCUGGAAGGUGGUCAUUGAACAAAUUCCAGCUGACCAUGGUCAUACAACUUUUUAAUAAAACUACAAAAUCUCAUCUAAUUUGAACUCGUUUGAUAGAUGUUUUGACAAGGUAACUGAUAUUAGACGAUAUUUGAUAUUGGAACCAGGUCGAUGUCUUAGGUAGUAGUAGAAAUUCUAUAGUAAAACGGCGAAAUUUUUAUGGAGAAAGAGUUCAUUUGAUUCGUCUUAACAGGGACUAUGGUCCAAGUUGACAAGGACGUCACGAUGGAGUUGGAAGAUGAGUAUGAGCUUGUGCUCCUUUUAUUCGUCUUGACAAGUCUCUGGUUCUAGGGCAAAUAAUUAUAAAUAUAUAAAUAUAAAUAUUUCCAACACACACCAAUUAGCCUAGCCCCAAAGUAAGCACUGUAAGGCUUGAGUUAUGGGAUGCUAGGGUAACGGAUAGAAUACAUAUACUGUACAUAUAUAAGUAUAUUUAUAUAGAAAAACAUAUUAAACAUCCAUGACUGAAGUGCAAAUGCUCGUAUUCAUCACACAAACAUCUGCCUCCACCGGGAUUCGAACCCGGGACCUCUCGAGUCGGCUACACCAUGACACCCGGCGUACAAACCACUCGACCACGGAGGUCGUCAAUUAUGUAAGUUAAAUAGAAAGAACUUUAAAAAAUAAUAUUUACGCUAUUUAUUUUUCUCAAUUCUUUUUUAUUAAAAUGCAUUUUUUACUACUUUUUAUUGGGCCUGUUAACAAUUUUGAAUAUCGUCAAAGCAUCAUGAAGAUGUUGCACUACUUGUAUGUAUUGAGCAAUGUCACAAAACAUAACAUCACUCUUAUGUUUCUUGUUAAAGUUUUAAAAAUGAAAUUACGGGAGGCAUUUGUUAUUGGGACUUAAGUCGGUAGUUAUUUGAACACAUAGUUUUGUCCCAGUGACAUGAUAAAAUUCAGACCGAUUUAAGUCAUGGAAAAAAAUAUAAAUUACUUAUUCAAACAGAAUAAUACAAUAAAACUAUUAAUUAUUUUAUGCUUCAAUAUUGUUCAUCUAACUUCUACUUAUAAAUAAAAUAAUUAAUGGAUCAGACAGUAGUUACAUUGAUCACCGACCCGUGACAAUCAAGGCGAAAUACGAUAUCUGUUCGCGAAGUGUGUAAAACUAUUCUAAGUAGGGUGGUGGACAUUGACAAUGCGGCAAUGUUCAUGGUUGUGGAAGUGUCGUCAGGCAUAUUGUUUUUGUUACCGUUAUAACAAGAUGAGAUAUUAAUAUCAGAAUUAUGUAUUAAUAUCUUCCUAGUCGAUUACAAGACGCCUUCUUAUUAUAUAGUUACGUUGGCGACGCCGAUUUCAGUGGGCUCACCUGCCCCGCUACCGGCAGCUCGCGCCCAUAAUGUCGGGCGUUGAGGUCGCGUAUGUGGAUAUCGUACUCUCGACGAAGUGAUGUAGUAGAUAUGUAAUUCCAUUAUGUGUCUCGACUCCAUCCGUUUCUUACUUCCACACACCGCUCCCCUCUGUCGUCCUAUCGACGCGUUACUUAGCCGAGUCGGAGCACCAUUUUAUAUUUAUACUAUUUCGUUGCACAUUAAACAAGUGAAUUUGUUCGAAGCACAAGUUUAUGAACGUAUUUUAAAGGUGAGCGCGAGGGAGAUUCUAGGAGAAACUCAGCGGACGCCCGAGUGCAAGACGAUGUCAGCUGGGUCACAAAUUCAGAUGGCACCACAAACUACUGUCAACACGGGGCAACCACUUCUCAAUCAGGACUCCAAUAUGAGCACAGGGUCAUCGCAUAGUGAUAAAGAAGUAGAUGCUUUGACACCUGAAAAGUCAGCAGCUAUGCGAGGCUCAAAUUCAGCGCCGGGCGCUGCCUUGGUGCCACCAAGUGGUGCCACACCUACAAUAGCUAUGCCUGAAAGGAAGCGGAAACGAAAAGGAGACGAAGGUGUUGGUGGAGGAGGAGGUGGAGGGGGCAAACAAAGACACAACUCUGACAAAAACAUCAGAGAAUACUUCUCUAAGCACCCAUCGUCCAGCCCUGUAAGGCAUACUGGUGCGAAAUCACCCUCACCAAAUUAUCCUAUGUACCCACCGUCACCAUCGUCGUUACUACCUUCGGGAGCCGACUUUUUACGUACCGCCUCUCAACAACGACCUCACACUUCUGUUAAACAGGUUCAAACAGAACUGACAUGUCAGAGGAUACAAGAGUUAGAAACUCAAGCAUCGUCUGACUUAGAACUAAGAAAUAAUAAAAUAGAAGAAUUAACAAGAACUAAUGAAGAACUAAAGCAUCAAGUACAAGCACAGAGCAAGGUUAUAGAGCAACACAAAUCACACAUCAACAAAUGUAUAGAAGUUGUUAAGAAACUAUUAAAUGAGAAAAGUACUAUAGAAAAGAAAGAAGCGCGACAGCGAUGUAUGCAAAACCGCCUUAGGCUUGGUCAGUUUGUGACGCAACGGGUUGGGGCGACCUUCCAGGAGAAUUGGACGGAUGGGUACGCUUUCCAGGAACUUACUAGGCGGCAGGAAGAGAUAACAGCGGAAAAGGAGGAGAUCGACAGGCAGAAGAAGCUAUUGUUCAAGAAGCGGCCGUCGAACAGCGAGGGCGGGGGCGGGCGGGGCAAGCGGACAGUGACUGCUCCCCCCGCGCCUGCGCAGCCCCCGCCCCUCCACAACGGGACCGACGCACCCACCUUCCUCAAACCAGACCCGUUGCCGAGCAUGACCUGGCAGGAGUACUACGAGGCCGACGAGAUACUCAAGCUAAGACAGAGUGCACUAAAGAAAGAGGACGCUGACCUGCAAUUAGAAAUGGAAAAAUUAGAAAGAGAACGAAAUCUUCACAUCAGAGAACUGAAACGGAUACACAAUGAAGACCAGAGUAGAUUUUCACAGCAUCCUGUGCUCUCAGAUCGGUAUCUACUGCUAAUGUUACUUGGUAAGGGGGGAUUUAGCGAAGUGCACAAGGCAUUCGAUCUGCGAGAACAACGCUACACCGCCUGCAAGGUUCACCAACUAAACAAGGACUGGAAGGAGGACAAGAAGGCCAACUAUAUCAAACACGCCCUACGGGAGUACAAUAUCCACAAGGCGUUGGAUCACCCGCGCAUCGUGAAGCUCUACGACGUGUUUGAGAUCGACGGCAACUCGUUUUGUACAGUUCUCGAGUACUGCAACGGACAUGAUCUCGAUUUUUAUCUCAAGCAGCACAAGACAAUCCCGGAGCGCGAGGCCCGUUCAAUAGUGAUGCAAGUUGUCUCCGCGCUAAAGUACUUGAACGAGAUCAAGCCCCCCGUAAUCCACUACGACCUGAAGCCCGGCAACAUUCUGCUGACGGAGGGGAACGUGUGCGGCGAGAUCAAAAUCACCGACUUCGGUCUGUCCAAAGUCAUGGACGAGGAAAACUACAACCCCGACCAUGGGAUGGACCUCACCAGUCAGGGCGCGGGCACUUAUUGGUACCUGCCGCCCGAGUGCUUCGUAGUCGGCAAGAACCCACCAAAGAUCAGUAGCAAGGUGGACGUUUGGAGUGUGGGCGUGAUCUUCUACCAGUGCCUGUACGGCAAGAAGCCUUUCGGCCACAACCAGAGCCAGGCUACCAUUCUAGAGGAGAACACCAUACUCAAGGCGACGGACGUGCAGUUCGCCAACAAACCCACAGUCAGCAAUGAGGCUAAGAGCUUCAUCCGGGCGUGCCUGGCGUACCGCAAGGAGGAGCGCAUCGACGUAUUCGGGCUGGCGCGGCACGAGUACCUGCAGCCGCCGAUGCCGAAGCCGCGCGGGGCGGGCGCGCCUGGUGGCGGCGGCGGCGGCGCGGGGGGAGCGGGCGCUGCUAGUGCGGGGCUCGGCGUGAGCGGGGUCGGCGCGGGCGCGGGUGUGGGCGGUGGCGUGUUCGGCGCCGGCUCGUCGUCCUAGCCGCGCCGCCGGCCGCGCCGCCCGCCCCGCCCGCGGCCCGCCCGGCACCCCCACACCGACUAAUAUCACCAGCGGACGAUACACUGUUUAAGAUUAUGCUUACCGUUGACUGUAUUUAUUGAGCGGGUGGUGCGCGCUAUCGGCGUCGCACCACUAGGUACCUUGGGACUAUCCCUUGCAUAUUAUAUAAGUUAUCCCUAUUAAAAGUUAAAA